UUAGUUUUGUCACGACAGUCCUUCAAAUGAUGCUUUAUGAAGAUUAUAAAGAAAGGCUAUGAUACUUCUGGAAUUCAGAUUUCCUUGAUAUGAAAGGCUAUUUACAAUGUGUAUGAAGAAGUCAAAUAAAUUUGUAUAUGGUUCAAAUGUCCUUAUCACACUAAAUAUACUCAUUAAUUAAACACAUUAAUUAAAAAUAAAACUUUUCAACUUAGAGAAAACACAACAUACACAUAUAAAAGGUAGGCAUAAUUUGCCGAUUUCAACUUCAACGGAAGUUUGCCACAAUUUGCUUAUUUUAAUCCGUUAAACUUAGAUACAUGAAUUGAUCCCAAAUUUUUAGUUACCUUUCUUUGUUAGCAAAAGCUAGUUAACUACUUAAUUAUUGUAUAAGCUAUAAGCAUACCUACACUUGCAGCUUCCCAGUUACCACUUGGUGAGCCUAUGCUUUUGCAAAAAAAUUAUACUUUCAACAUUAUACCCCACAAGAAUAAUUAAUAAUGUUGUAUUAAUGGAAAAACACAAAUUAAAUUAACAGAUAAAAUAAAAUAGAGUUGGUUUGUUAAUGGAGUUAAGCAGAAUAUGACUUGAUUGGCCUCUGAAGGUAGAAUGUUAGUCUUUGUCUAAACUUCUACGAUGCUUCCUCCAAGAAAGAGUCUCAGUGUCACAAUCGACCCUCAUUUUUUAACACUGCAAGGAGUUUCAACCCAACUUCUCACAACAUGAGACGCGUUGAGAGCUAUUUUACAUAUUUCUUCUCUGCAUAAAGUCGCUUACUCUCAUCUCUUCAAUUUCUUACCUUUGUUUCCUUAUACCAAAAGAGCCUGUGAGUUUCCACUUCAUCAAUGGAGUGCAAGAGCAUCCAGUGCAUGGCAUCGAGUAGCACAAGACCCAAAUAUGACGUGUUUGUUAGCUUCAGGGGUGAGGACGUACGAAACACCUUCGCUGAUCAUCUCUUUGCCGCUUUCCGUAGAAACGGAAUACUUGCAUUCAGGGACGAUAGGAAUCUGAUGCAAGGACAGCACAUCUCCACUGAGCUGCUGCAAGCAAUUGAAGGAUCUCAGGUUCUCAUUGUCAUCUUCUCUAAGAACUAUGCUACUUCUUCAUGGUGCUUGCAGGAACUCGCUAAGAUGCUUGAUUGCAGCAAUUCGAUAACAGAACCAAAUCUGUUGCCUAUUUUCUAUGAUGUGACUCCGUCUGAGGUGCGUAAACAGACCGGAAACUAUGGGAAAGCGUUGGCUGAGCAUGAAGAAAGAUUCAAAGAUAACUCAAAUAUGGUGCAACAAUGGAGGGAAUCUCUGCUGCAAGUCGCCAAUCUCUCUGGUUGGGAUAUACAAAAUAAGCAGGAGAAUGGAGAGAUUGAAAAGAUCGUUAAAAGGGUUAGAAGCAAAUUAGGUUGCAACUCGUUAAGUGUGGAUGGGUUGGUUGGGAUGCAAUCUCGUGUGGAACAAUUGGAAAACCUGAUUGAUUUCAACUCCAAUAAUGAAGUUCGGGUUGUAGGCGUUUCUGGGAUGGGUGGGAUAGGAAAGUCAACACUUGCUAGGGUCGUGUAUGGUAGAAACCUUCAUAAAUUUGGUGCUCAUUGUUUUGUUGACGAUAUAAGCAAAGUUUUUCGCGGAGGUGGUCUACUUUCUCUACAAAAGCAACUCGUUUGUCAAAUUACAAAUGGAGAGAUCCAAGAUAUAUACAAUCAAAUCGAGGCUGAGAGUUUGAUAAAAACUAUGCUACGCUGUCAAAAGGCUCUGAUUGUUCUAGAUAAUGCCGAUGAAGUUGAACAGUUUGAGAACCUUGGCGUGACUCCUGAUUGUCUAUGUCCAGGAAGCAGAAUUGUAGUAACUUCUAGAGAUCAACAUGUCUUGAACUCUUUUGGGCUAGAUGAAAUAUACAAAGUUCAACUCUUGAAUGAGGAUGAAGCUCAUCAAUUGUUUUGUGAAAAAGCUUUUAAUGAUAAUAUAAUUAUGAGUUGUGACGAGAUAAGCAGAGAGUACAAAAAGUUGACGGAUCUUUCACUUGAAUAUGCUCAAGGCCUUCCCUUGGCAAUUAAAGUUUUGGGGUCAUAUCUACGCGGUCGCGAUAUCUCUGUAUGGAGAAGUGCCUUAGAUAGACUGAAAGAUAAUCCAAAGAAGGAAAUCGCAGAUGUGCUUCAACUUAGUUUUGAUGGAUUGGAACCCCUCGAAAAGGAAAUAUUUUUGGAUAUUGCUUGUUUCUUUAACCACCGAGUGGAUGGGCUUGUGGCAGACAUGUACUAUCGUGGUCUUCAUCCAGAGAUUGGAAUAAGUGUACUCAUCGAUAAAUCAUUAAUUACAUUUGAUGAAUACUGUAUUAAAAUGCAUGACCUGUUGCAAGAGUUAGGCAGGAGAAUAGUUCGGCAAAGUGCUCCAAAUGAGCCAUGGAAGUGGAGUAGGAUAUGGAGCAAAGAGGAUUUUCAAUGUAUUAUGUUUGGAAAUACGGUAACUGAUGAUGUUAAGGCCGUGCAAUUGGAGGGAUCAUAUGAAGAAAGAAAUAUGACAUUAAGAGCAGAAACAUUAUCAAGAAUGAGACGACUUGAAUUUCUCAAAAUAAAAAAUGUUAGUUUUUCUGGAAGUUUUAAUAGCAUUUCUAGCGAAUUGCGAUAUCUUGAGUUGGAAGAGUAUCCGUUUACGUAUUUUCCAUCGUGUUGUAAGAUAUCCAAGCUUUUGAAAUUAGUCUUGCAAAGGAUCAACAUGAAGCAACUAUGGGAUGGCACAAUGUGUCUGGACAAUUUGAAGGAAUUGGAUCUCUCUGACUCCGAAAAUCUUGUGAAGACUCCAAACCUUAGCCAGGCUCCAAAUCUUGAGCGGCUGUUCCUUAGAGGAUGUAGAAAGCUUAAGCACAUACAUCCAUCAAUUGGAGACCUAAGAAAACUUGUUUGGUUAGAUUUGAGUGACUGCACAAGUUUAAUGAGUUUUCCCAUCACUGUAUUCGGUAUAUCUUCACUAAAAUCUGUUUAUCUGAGGGGGUGCUCAAGAUUAUUUGGUGGGAAAGAGUUGGAGAAUGGAAGUGAGAGUGGUAUCCAAUGUCAAUCGACAAUAUGGUCCACUUUUAAAAGGCUUAAGCUUAGGUUACCAUUCCAUUUCUUCAAUUCUUGUAGAAGUAGAUACAACCAUGUGUUCCAUCUGUGGAGGCUUUCUGUCGCUCGCUUAAGCUGCUUGUAUAAUCUUGACCUAAGUUAUUGUAAUCUGCAUACUAUCCCUGAGGCCAUAUCAUCCUUACAUUAUUUAGAGGUCUUAGUUUUCACGGGAAACAAUAUAGUUAGAGUACCUGAUUUCAUAAACAAGCUUCCCAGACUGAGAGAGUUGAAGUUAGAUAACUGCAAACGGCUAAUGUAUGUAGAUGAGUUCCCAUUGCCAUUACCCUAUCCAGCGGCAGAGCAAACAAAACUUCUGAACAUCAGACAAUUGAGUAUGUUUAACUGCCCGAAAAUAGUAGAGAAGGAAAGGUUGAGUGGAAUAGGUAGUUCAUGGAUGAGAGAGUACAUUAAGGUGUGUGCGUAUUGUUGUUUAACCUGA